GAGUUGUAGUCAUCUGAACCGAAAAGCGAGAGAGAGAGAGAGAGAGAGAGAGAUUGAGGAGUGAGAAGCAAGUGCAGUGAGUCCGGCGAUCUGUCCCGUCCCCCAUCAUCUUUCAUCCAAUAACAGAUGAUCGGUGAAAUGGCUUGAAUUGUUGGAUUGUGGACAAGAAAGGUGGCUAGCUAAAUAAAAAAUGUGUAUUGUUCCUUGGUGAUUUAACUAGUUGUGAGAGAUGGAUUACCAUUAUGUGUACAAAGAUGUGGAAGGAGCGUCGACGCAAUGGGACGACAUCCAGAGAAAACUGGGAAACCUUCCUCCUAAACCCCCUCCGUUCCAGCCUCCUCCUUUUACCCCAUCCGAAGCCCAAGACUCCAAACCCAAAGACAAAUCGUGGAUCGAUAUCAGGACCGAGGAUCAGCUUGAAGAUCUCGAAGACGACCCCGAUCUCAACGACGAUCGCUUCCUUGAAGAGUACCGGAAGAAAAGGUUGGCAGAGAUGAGAGAAGUAGCUAAGGUUCGGAGGUAUGGAUCAGUGGUUCCAAUUUCUGGAUCUGAUUUCGUACGUGAGGUUUCUCAAGCUCCAGAAGAUGUUUGGGUCGUGGUGAUUUUAUACAAAGAUGGAUACCCAGAAUGUGGGCUUCUUCUGCAAUGUUUGGAAGACCUGGCAACGAAAUAUCCAGGAACAAAAUUUGUGAAGAUCAUAUCUACUGACUGCAUACCUAACUAUCCCGAUCGAAAUCUUCCCACUCUUUUGGUCUACAAUAAUGGUGCUGUCAAGGGGAAUUAUGUAGGAUUGCAUAGUUUUGGUCGCAGGUGUACUCCAGAAGGUGUUGCCUUGGUCCUCUGCCAAUCCAAUCCUGUUCUCGUUGACGGGCAAAGUGGAAGCGAGCAAUCAAGAAAAGCAGUCCUUAAUGGCGUUCGGCAGAGGCUCAUAGAGAAGGUUGUUAGAGACCAUGAAGAUGAUGAUGCUGGAUCUUCAAGUGAUUAGGGUCUUCAAGGUAUCAUUUUCCGGGGAGCUACUUUUUAUUUUCUUUUGUGGGUUUUCUCCGUAACAAAGCUCUAAAAUUCAUGUUGCGCUUUGGUAGAGAUGUUGUAUGUCCAUUCAUCUAUUAACUAAAGUUAUGUGGUGUGAAAUGAUGUAGUUAUGAAUCUCAAAUUUGCUGAUUUGCAGUUCAGAAAUUUUCCUCGUA